AAUAGUUCAUUUCUAUCGAUUUCCGGUUAUCGCUGUAUUAAACGAUUAUUUCACGAAAAUGCUGCCACUAUCACUUUUAAAAACAGCACAGAGCCAUCCCAUGUUGGUGGAGCUGAAAAAUGGUGAAACAUACAAUGGUCAUUUGGUCAGUUGCGACUCAUGGAUGAAUAUUAAUCUGCGCGAUGUUAUUUGCACUUCAAAGGAUGGCGAUCGGUUUUGGCGCAUGCCCGAAUGUUAUAUUCGAGGGAGCACCAUUAAAUAUCUGCGAAUUCCUGACGAAGUAAUCGACAUGGUCAAGGAGGAUGCGCAGGCCAAGUCGAGGAAUCGCACAGAGAUGAACAAAAACCGCGGAGGCAACGCGUCGCAGAAUCAGCGCGGCGGACGCCCUGGUGGUGGCAACCGAAACAAUGUCGGCAAUCGUCCCGGCCAAGGAUAUGGAGGUCCUGCCAACAACGCGAUGCGCCUGGGAGGAGCUGCUGGCCAAGGGAAUCGCCUGCCCCACGCCGCCAAAAAUAGGAAAUAGUGGCUUGGAUCGUAGUAAUAAAUUCUUUUCAACCAUUUCAAGUCACGUAUUUAUUAUUAAAAAGUUGACAUUUUUACACAGUCUCGAUAAUUUCA